CUUAAAUUCAUCAAAAUCUUGUCCCCUACCACAGCAAAUUUCAUCAUCUCUUUCAAUAAUCAUGUAUACUUUUCAUUCUCUUUCUCUGCCCAUGAAGAAUAAUCUUCUUUAGCUAAUACGGGCUAACAAAAGAAGGAAGAGUAGUACUAAUCAAUUUCAUAUCAGGCUUCUUGGAAUGGGAAAAUCUCCAGGAAAGUGGCUUAAGAAUUUCCUUUUCGGGAAGAAAUCGCCAUCUAAAUCUAAAGUUCCAAAGGUAAUCUCAUUUAAUAAUGUCAAGAAAUCAGCAUUACCGGAGGAAGAGGCUUCCACUGCCACUGCCCCUGCCCCUGCCACAGCGUCCAAAUCCAAAAGGGUAUCGUUUGGUGAUAUGCCCACAAGUUCUUUUACAGUCCCAGAUACGGUGCUUCAAUCCUCCAUCAGAAAUGGAGAGAAGCCAAAUAAGAGUGACAGUACGGGAAAACCCAUUUUAGAAUUACAAACAGAGAAGCUAAAGCAAGCUGCUAUAACGGCACAAGCAAUUAUCAGAGGCUAUUUGGCUCGACGUUCCUUUCGUGCCCUGAAAGGGUUAAUAAGGCUGCAAGCACUAAUUCGGGGCCACUUGGUUAGGAGGCAGGCUAUUGCCACCUUACGCUGCAUACAGAGAAUUGUUCGAGUUCAAGCACUGUGUCGUGGCAAAAGGGUCAGGCUCUCAGAUAUUGGUUGCCAAGUACAAAAGAAAACUAUUACUAAAGAUGGUAGUCUGGUGGGACUCCCCAGAUUGUGGCGUACACCAAGGCCAGAUAAGCUAUCAUCAAAUGUCUUUAUCUGUAAGCUUAUUGCAUCAUCACCAACUGCUAAGCCUCUGCUCAUUCAUUAUGAUUCAAUGGAGCCAAAUUUUGCUUGGCAAUGGCUAGAACGGUGGUCGUUUUCCAACUUUUGGGAACCACUUCCACAGCUGCAUCAUGCUCUUGAGAUUAGGUCUAAUAUGAAGCAAGGAAAAUAUCAAACCAAGGAAACCGAAUUAGGCAGACCAAAACAAGUUGAGGGCAGGGUCUCACCUGUUAAAAAUAGGAAACUUCCAUUGCAUCCUAGCCUUGCAUAUGAAAAGCAGAUAAAUAAGCCAAGAAAAUUGGAAUUUAAAGAAGAAUCAAAACCUUUAAAUGAUCUGGAGAGGGUAAAGCAAAAUUUGCGAAGAAUUUCGGCGUCCACCAAAGUCACUCUAGAUUGCACAGAACCUGUAGCUGAGAAACAAAAGUCCACUCCAACAACAUUGUCAACCAUUCCUACUUCUGAGAUUUCUGAGAAUAGUGUUGUGAAAUUGAUUGAGAAAACAAGUGAGUCCUCAAUAGUACCUGUGUUUGAAAGCUCAGUGCAGCCUGAGUUGGAACUACCUCCAAAACCAGUAGUUGAGAAACUUGAUAAGCAGCAUGGUCAUCGUGAUAGUGAUCAUGCUGCUAUUGAGCCAACUCCUAUGAGAGAUGUUGAAAUGGUUGAAGAUGCAUCAAUAGAGAAUGAUCAUAAUAAUAACUUUGAGGUUGAGAAAACUAGCAAGGGCUACCAGAGAAUCUACAAGAAAAGGAUUCCUGCUAAGGUGGAAUACCAAGAGAAUGUCCCACAGAGAAGCCCCACUUUGCCCAACUAUAUGACUGCAACAGAAUCUGCCAAGGCAAAACUUAGAGCACUUGGAUACUCUAGGUCUGAUGAAGAUGAGGUUGAAAAUUAUGGUCUUGUGAGGCGGCAUUCCUUGCCUUUGUAUACUAGUGGCAAUUCGAGCUUGAUAAUGUCUGCACGAACAGAGAAAAAAGUUCAAGCAAGUUCCAGAGGAGAGAACAGAUCUCUAUUAAUGUCCUCUACAGAUGGCCAUGGUAAGGGUGUACGGCCUGGUUGGAGGAGGUGAGUGUGCCAGAAUCUGGAAGAACAAGUGUAUGAUGAACCUUGGAGUGUCUGACUUAAUUUACAUGUACUGGCAUAGAUAUUCAUUCGAGUUUUCAGUCCACUUGAUUUGAUUGUGUGCUCAAUUAUUUGUUUCUCUUUUUCACUUUUGACUGGUGAGAUAAACAAAAAUGAAUAAUCGUUUAUGAUUCUA